AUGCAUUCAAAGACGUUUAUUCACCAACUACAUGCGAUUCUUUCAGAAUCGCAUCUGCGGGAAUGGAUAAAGUGGUCGGAAGAGGACGACGCCACGUUCGUGCUGAAACCGUACGACAGUGGGUUCAGCAGGAUGGUUCUGAAGCGAUAUUUCAAACAUGGGAAUGUUAGCAGUUUUGUUCGCCAGCUUCACAUGUACGGGUUCCACAAGAUCACUACGGCGCCGGAAAGCGCGGCAGCUGGUAGGAGUGGCGGCUCGAAGGACCGCAGCGAAGUGUUGUGGUCUUUCAGCCAUCCCCAGGGCCACUUCAGGAAGGACGCUGAUGUUGCGACGCUCAAGAAGAUCCAGCGUAAGAGCACUGGAGUCGGCAGGGAUGGCAAGAGGAAAAACGUGCUAUCCACGGUUUGUAUAAACUACGUCGGGUCUGCAAACGGCUCUGGUUAUGGUGGUCAAGAUGCGUCGGCGCCGCUGGCGGAGCAGCAGCAGCAGUAUGAUCGUCGACACUAUGCUUCUUUGCCCUUGCUGCCGCCGGCGGCGCUCGGCUUGCAAAAACAGGAACCUCAGCAGCAACAGCAGCCGCUGCUGCCACACUUGCACCGCAAGGAGCAUCUGAUAGCGAGAUCCCGAACUAUCUCGCUACCGGAGGUAAUCCAGCAAUCAGCGGCGCCGACCGCUCCGUCAUCUACAGCUUCGUCCACGCCCGCACCGGCGCCGGUGCAAUACAGAUCAUCAAGCCCUCUAUAUUCUCUGAAUGCUUUCCAGUACCAAUCACCUUUCCCUCACGCGCCCGGUCCUCUGGGGUCUUAUACAACGCCCAGCUCCUCAGUGGUAUCCUCCAAUGCCGCAGACGUUUGUCCAAUUAGCGAUUAUCAUCAACGUCUAGAGAAUAAUCUGCAGAUUUUAAGGAAAUCGCUCGCUACAGUCGCUGAUGUUCUGCCAUCACUAUGUGGUGAUCUUUCCAGAGAUUCUGCGCAAGAAAAGGACCACAAGACCAACUAUGACCGUUACAUAAAGAGCCUUCAAGUUUUGAAGGAAGAAUUGGUUGCCUCAUCGACAGGCGAGCUCCCAAUGGCAGGCUUUUCGAAUAGCAAUUCGACGGAUAACUAA